AUGGAGUUCUUCAACGGUACAGGAGGAGACCCUCUCAAACCGUCUGUGUUUGAGCUCAUUGCGCAAGAACAGCUAAGAGAUUUGCUACAGCCUGCGCUCAAAUACGUCCUGUCGGUAUUUGCGCAAAGAUAUCCCAGAUAUCUGCUAAGAGUUGUCAAUCGGCAUGAAGAGUUCUAUGCAGCAAUCAUGUUCUUCAUCGAGAGACAUUAUCUAAGAAAGUACAAUGCCUCAUUUUCUGAGAAUUUCUACGGCCUCAAACGAAGACGAAAGCCUUUCAUCGAGACAGAUAGAGCCCAGGCAGCCGUCAGUGGAAUUCCUCCACAGGAGAGCCUGGGAACAGUUGAAAUAUGGCGUUCUUUGCUUUUCCUGGUCGGUGUACCCUACCUGCGAGCGAAGGCGCAGGAUUAUUUCGAAGCAUUAGGUGGAGGAAUUGAUUCUGAAAUGCUUGACGUUGGCGGUGUUCGAAACGCCCAAGAACGCAUGGUUCAGGUAUGGAGAAUGUUUAUACCAUCAACAAUAGGGGGACGUCUGCGCAGAUUGUAUAAAUGUCUAUACCCAUGGCUGAACAUGAGCUACGAAGCGUGGCUGCUUGUUUACAACAUCGCUUAUUUGUUCGAUCAGACUCCCUUCUAUCGUCCAUGGCUCUCAUGGGUGGGUGUCGAUCUCAGACGACUAGGGGCCGAAGAUUAUGUAAGCCAUCUUCGGAUGGCAGCGAUUGCAGCUCAAAAAUCGAGUCCAUCGAUUGGAAAGAAGGGUGCUGUGGCAUUAAUCAGGCGCCUAUUGCUUACCUCUCCACGCCUCUUUCUCGACUCCCUCAAACUUCUUUUACCGACAGCCAUUUUCUUCAUCAAAUUCCUCGAGUGGUGGUACUCACCUUCUUCACCUGCUCGUGCACUAUCUACAUCCCCUCUUAGGCCGGCCAUCCCUCCACCAAGGCUCCUUCCUCCACAUCCGAAGGGUAUACCUCUUGAUAGAACGAACUACGGUCAGUGUCCGAUUUGCCGAGGUUCCAUCGCGAACGCGACUGCCUUGCCCUCUGGUUAUGUGUUUUGCUACCGCUGUGCCUACGAUCAAGUCGAGAAACAUGGGAAGUGCCCCGUAACUCUGCUGCCCGCGCAGUUAUGGCAAUUGCGAAAGGUCCUCAUAUGAUACAUCGUAAUGGCCGGUUUCACCAUGAUGAUAGAUUCAGUAUGCGUAUA